UACUGUGAGGUUCAUUGGAUUGUUGUUAUUUUUGUAGCCGCAAGACGGGUAAUAUGCAUAGGCUGUUGACGUGCGACUAAGGAUAAUUAGGCACAAUCAUAUGUUACAUGUUUAGUACUCCAGAAAAACUAGCGAAAAGAACUGGCAAAAAAGAUGCUAAUAGACAGGAAUAUUUAGGACAACUGGUGAACGAAUUCCGAACCACCAAAUCGAAAGAGGCUAAAGAGCAGGUGCUUGCUAACUUAGCAAAUUUUGCAUAUGAUCCAAUAAAUUAUGAAUACUUGCGCCACCUGAAAGUGAUUGAUCUUUUCCUUGAUCAGCUUUCAGAAGCCAAUAGCAUCCUUUUGGAACUUGCUCUGGGAGGUCUUUGCAACUUAGCUUUAGAUGAUGAGAAUCGGGAUUAUAUUUUGCAUAAUAAUGGAGUCCAUAUCAUCAGCUCCUGCCUGUCAUCCCCCAGGGAGGAAACUGUCAUAGCAGCCAUAACAACUUUAAUCUUCUUGGUAACACCAGAAUCAAAACUAGUUGUAGCAACACCAGAAGUGGUUUCUUGCAUAUCACAGCUGUGCUCAAGUCCCAAUCCAAGAAUUACAAAUUUAGCUAAAAUAUUUAUUGAAGACUAUGUCAGUGAGCGCAGUCAACUAGAAGAAACGGUCGAAAAUAGUCCGAGCAGUUGAAACAAAAAAAUUAUGUGGGAGACAUUUUUUGUUUGCAACAAAACUGUAUUCAAGUGCAGAAGUGUAGUGCACAAAAUGCUUUUCAGUGAUUUACUGAGAGAAACUCUUACACAACACAAUUGUGUGUAUUCCAGUGAAGUGAAAAAUAUCGAAAAACUAAGUUCUGCAGGGAAGAUGACAAAGCUGGAAGUAGGAAAUGAAGCAUCUGUGAGAAGAACCAUAACAGUUGAAGAUUUAGAUAAAUUUGGCAGUCUUAUUGGGGAUUACAACACAGUACAUAGUGGGGUGAGACCAAUUGUCCAUGGUGCAUUUCUGAAUGGCCUUGUUUCUGGUGUUAUAGGGACAAAACUACCUGGUCCAGGGUCCAUUGUAGUCCAAGAGCUUUUAAGGUUUCCUAAUUCAUGCCAUGCAGGAGAUACUGUAAAUGUUAUUGUUAGAAUUACAGAAGUAAGGAAGCUUGUAUCUUGCUCAUUCUCGUGUGUCUGUGAAUCUGACAACAAGGUAGUUAUGGAAGGCACUGCAAAGCUAAUAAUAAAGAGUUAAAAGUGGUAAAAUUUGUUUCUUUUAAGUAAAAUAUGUAAUAUGACCUUAAAUCUAUCGUUGAGUUUGUAAGAGGUUGCCCUGAAUUUAUGACAACUUAUCAUUUAGCUCCAGGUAUACCGAAAUAUAUUUUGAUUUCACUUUCAUUUACUGGAAAUUACUUCAAUUAAAAUGAUUUCAAUCAUCAUUCUUUUUAAUUAGUUUAUAUAGGUUACUUAGAAGAGCACUUCGGCAAUAGCUGCAACA